UCUACAUGUGCAGAGAUGUCAACUGCAGGGAAGGUAAUUAAGUGCAAAGCCGCAGUCUUGUGGGAGCCGCAUCAACCACUCAAGAUUGAAGACAUUGAAGUUGCCCCACCAAAAGCCCAUGAAGUCCGUAUUAAGAUAGCUGCUACUGGAAUAUGUCGAUCUGAUGACCAUACAAUUAAAGGACUGAUAAAGGACAGCAAGUAUCCAGUCAUUUUAGGUCAUGAAGGAGCCGGUAUAGUAGAAAGUGUUGGGAACGGAGUAACUUCUGUAAAGCCUGGAGACAAAGUGAUACCAUUGUUUCUUGCUUAUUGUGGAGAAUGCAGAGGCUGUACUGAACCUAAGAGUAACUUAUGUUACAAAUCUGACAUUGUCAAGCGUACUGGAUUAAUGUCAGAUAAAACCAGCAGAUUUACCUGCAAGGGGAAAUUGAUUCACAAUUUCCUGAACACCAGCACAUUCACUGAAUACACUGUGGUGGAUGAAAUAUCAGUGGCCAAGAUACACGACGAUGCCCCCCUAGAUAAAGUAUGUGUUAUCGGAUGUGGCUUUUCCACUGGAUACGGUUCAGUAGUUCAAUUAGCUAAGGUGGAGCCCGGCACUACAUGCGCUGUAUUUGGUUUGGGAGGGGUUGGCUUAUCAGUCAUUAUUGGAUGUGAAAAAGCAGGAGCUUCCAGAAUUAUUGCAAUUGAUGUAAACAGCAAAAAAUUUGAAAAAGCCAUGGAAUGUGGAGCCACUGAAUGUAUCAACCCAAAGGAUUAUGAAAAUCCCAUCCAUGAGGUGAUACAGAAGAUGACAAAUGGGGGAGUCCAUUACUCUUUUGAAUGUAUUGGAAACACUGAUAUCAUGGUUUCUGCACUACUCUCCAGCCAUAUGAGUUGUGGCACUGCUGUUAUAGUUGGAGUGGCUCCUUCACUUUCAACACUCUCAUUUGCACCAAGAUUGCUUCUCACAGGACGAACCUUAAAAUCAGCAUUUUUUGGAGGCUUUAAGGGUAAGGAAUCUGUACCUCAACUAGUAACAGAUCUGAUGGCUGACAAGUUCAAAGUGGAUUCUUUGCUAUCUCACAAAUUGUCAUUCAACGAAAUAAAUAAAGGUUUUGAAAUGUUACGUCAAGGUGAAAGAUAUUGUGAUAACUGGGAUAUCGGUAUGUUCCAUCUCAUCAUACCUUAAUACAUUCCUGCUGUUUAAAUCUUAACAAUUACACUAAUUCAAAAAAAAAUCAGAUCAAAGGUAACUAACAACUGUCUUGUAAUAAUAUUGUUUAUAGUAUCAUAAAUUA